AUGGACGCUCGCACGCGCGCCCCGCCGCCCGGCUCGCCGGCGGCGACGUACCGCGCGCUUGUCAAGGAGGCCAUGCGCCCACGGCAGAAGCGCAUUUACGUGCUGGCCUGGAUCAUCACAUACGCCGCGCUCGUCGCGACGCUCGCGCCCGCGGCGCCCCUGCGCUCGUUCGUCGUGCUGAGCAGCGUGGCGGUCCUGGCCACGACCGUCGUCCCGCUCCUGCUCUUCCGCCGCACGCAUCUCAUCCGUGCGGUCCCACCGCGCACGCUGCCCUGCGUCUCGCGCGCCUCGCUCGUGGCCCACCUCCUGCGUGCCGACGACGCAUGGCAUGCGGUGGCGCUCCAUGCCGCGUGCGGCGCUCUUGUGGCCAUGCAGUGCGCCGUGCUCCAGGUAUGCCUGCGCGGCUGGAGCGCGCCCCUCUCGCCCAUGCGCUACAUCGAUGCUCACCACGCGUACUAUGUGAACGAGGCGUUCCUCAGCGCCGUCAGUCUCGGCACCACCGUCGGCGCUGCCUAUGCGGUCGCCUACAUGCUGCUUGUGCCCGGCGGACGCCGCGGCGUGCCGCCGUUCUCGCCCACGGCGCUCGGCACCUCGCUGCGCACGCGCUGCCUCGGCGCCCUGCCGCGCCACGUUCUGCGCGCGCUGAUGCUGCUCGUGGCUGUGCCGCUCCUGCUCCUGGCGUACUCGCUCGCCCGCGACACCUGGUGGGCCGCCGUCCUCCGCGUCGUCGGCGUGGAAACGAGCGUGCGGCGUUUCCUCGUGCCGUCGUUCCGCGUGCCGUACGCCCCUGGCGCCCUGGGCCUCCAUGCCCUGCCCGUCAUCACAUUCCUCCUCGUGCUCUUCGAAGCCACACACACCCUCUUCGACGUGUACUGGACGCAGCCCCUGUGCGCGAUUCCGCCCCGCCUCAACGAUCCGCUCACGGCGCUGCUGGGCGGCCUGCACGACCCGCACCCCUUUUUCUCCGCACAUGCCCUCGCUGAGCUCGCCCACUGGGCGCAGUCCGAGCCGGCGCGCCGCCACGCCCUCUUUGAGGACGCGGGUGCGGCGCCGGCGGCGCCGCCCACGGCCCCGACGCCGGCUGCGCUUUCCCGCGCUUCGGCGCUGUGGCGCACGCUCGGGUACGUCGUGUCGUCGCUGUGGGCGCGCAUGCCGUCCGAGGCGCAGCAUGUCCUUUUUCCCCAGACGCUCUAUUCGGCAUUGGUGGCGCCGGCCCCUGCGCUGUGGCUCGAUGCGCACCUCCUGGACGACCGCGCGCGCGCGUGCUGGGCAGCGCAGGUGCUGCAGCACCUCGUGCUCGCCUCGCUGGCCGAGGACAAGUAUGGGAGUGUGCAGCCGCAUGUGCCGGCGCUCGUCCCGGCGCUCGCGCAAGCGCAUGAGCGUCUGAUGGCGGUGCGCCGUCGCGCCGAGGACAUGGCCGUCGAGGCCGACACGCACUUGGUGCGCGAGGCGCAGCUGGUGCGUCGGGCGCUCGCGGCCGCGGGUGCCGACGCGAACGCGGCCACGUUUCCGCCCGCGCAUGGGAGGCGUAUGCGUGCGUGGACUACGAAGUGA